AUGAAUUUACCAUCUCAAAGCAUAUUCGAUCCUGAUUAGUUUACUUAGCAACAAACUGAAAACUUGAUAAAUGAAGAUUAUUAAGAUGGCAUUUCUGCUAUUUUAAAGCAAGGGUUAGAUAAUUAGCAAGGUUUGCAAUAGAUUUUUUACCCUUCUAGACCUAAUAAUUCUCACUUCAUUAAUUAAGGAUAGAUUUUUCAAUCUACCUAGUAGCAAUAAUAGCAGAAUUUAAUUUAACCUAUGCAAGUGUUAACUAAUGGAGAAUUUUUAAAAUAGUAAAUGGCAAAUCCCCUGUUCAUAAAAUCUAUUAAAGAUAAAUAUUCAUCUUACAGCCCAACGCUUAGAUUGACAAUGACACCUCUUGACUAAAAUGAAAUAGAGCUUGAUGAAGAGGAUCUUUUAGGAGUUUUUGAAAGAUUUGGCAAUCUUGAAGUUAAACUGGAAUAAGGUGGUAAGGCUCUACUUGAAUUUAAAGAUAUAUAUGGCGCUUAUUUUGCAUGGAAUUCUUUGAACGGAGUUGAAAUACCAAGCCAAAAGAUUUCAAUAGGCUUAGAUUGGUUAUAUGAAAAUUAAAAAUAGCAACAAAAUUUCCCUCUCAAUACUUUAACUAAUGUUCCUCCUAUAUCUAUUAAUGUAGGAAAUUACACGCCAAAUAACAAUUGCAACUAUAGUAAAAAUAUACAAAAUGAAAACAUGCAUACUUCUUAGAACCCAACAUAAUAGCCUAACUCAGUACUUAAGCAAGCUAAUUCAAACUAUAUUAACACUCCAAAUAGCUCAUCUAGUAUCCGUACAAACGAUGCAAGAUCAAACAAUUAAAAUUUGAAUCCUGUGUCCAAAGGAUAAAAUUAAACUAUUUAAUCUAACAUAAUUAAAAAUUAAUCUAACUAAAUUCAAUCUCAUGCUAACAUUGUAGGAGGAACUUGCUAAAAUAACAAUUUAAACAUCAUUUCACAUUAAAAUUAGUCAAGCAAUAAUAACUAAGCUAGAGACGGAUAAAAUAACAGUUAGUCUGUUUCAACCUCACUAAGUAAUAAUUAUGGGGGAAAUAGUGCAAUGAAUAACCAAAAUGGCUCUUAAAACUCAAACAAUAAUUAAUGUAAUGGGAAUAACGCUAAUAAUAUAAAGUAUACUUGCAGAUAUGAAAUCCAAAUAUCUAAUGAUAAAGAUUUCUAAGUUGCUCGCAAAAUAAUUGGCUCGAGAGGAGAAAAUAUGAAGGCAAUCAUUAAGAAAUGUUUGGAUCACAACAAAAAAAAAGGUGGAUACAAUUUGUAGAAUGAUGAAGAGCAUGGUGUUAAGCUACGUUUAAGAGGAAAAGGAUCUGGAUAUAAAGAAGGACCUGAAAAGCAAGAAUCUCAAGAAGCUCUGCAUCUAUGUGUUAGCUCGAUGUAUUAUAAUAUGUAUAAGAGUGCCUGCUAUUUUGUUGAAGAGUUGCUACAAAAUAUCUAUGAUGAAUAUUAUAAGAUGUGCUAACAGAAUAACUUAAAGAGAGAAAGAGUGCAUAUCAAAAAAUAAGAGAGUACAAAUGGAAAAGGAGGUUAAACGAUCUCAACAGUGCCUUAAUAAUAGUAGUAAUAACAGUAGCAGCCCCAAUAAUAAUAAUCAUAGCCACUUAAUUAGAUUCCUGCUAAUCCUAUGUAAUAGCAGCAGUCAUCAACUUAAAAUCUUUAAUAAAUUCAUAGUAAUAAUUCUAUAAUGAGCGGAUCGAAUACUUAGAAAUAAAAUAAUUUAUAAUAACAAUAAGUUUAAUAUUUACCAAUUAAUAAAUCUUAACAAAAUAAUUCAAACCAAUUAAAUACAACUACUCUAAAGGAUGCUUAGAAUACCAUCAACACCACCACCACUAUCGCUUGUACAAAUAACAACAAUAUUAACAAUAACUCAGAUUUAAACAACCAAAUUAAAUAUGAAAAAAUCAUUCCAUUUUAGACUGAUAAAAAUUUUGAACUAUCAAGCAGCACUUAAUAAAGUUAAGGAGAAAAUUAAGAGUUUUUUUCUUCAAAUGAAGAUCUUGAAAAAAAUUCAUAUGAGAAUUCUUUUAUUUAAAACUCCAACGAAAAUGAUUCAGAUUCUCCAAGCUCAGCAAGUUUAAACAACCGUUAUGAAGGUUAUGGUUAUAUUCAUCUGUAAAACCCAAGUAAUAGCAAAAUGAGUGAAAAAUAAAUAAUCAGUCUAAUAGAGUAAAGAAAUAAAGCUAGAAAAGAAUCUAACUUCCAAGAAGCUGACAGAAUUAGAAACUUUUUAAAAAACAAUGGCAUAGCUCUGAUGGAUGAAAAAGGAGGUAGAGGAAAAGGCUAGGAUGUGACUACUUGGAAGUAUUCGAAGAAUAGCAAUCCUUAAUAGUAGUAAUAAUUGUAAAAUAGUCCCAAUGCAGCAAAAUCUAAUAAUAAUAAUAAUAAAUAAAACAAUAAUUAACAAUAAGUGCAUUUACAGUAACAAAUUUAAUCAUAAAAUAAUACUAAUACUCAUUCUAUAGUAAACACUAAUAAUAAUAAUAUUUGA